AGCGCCGCUUCCGCUUCCGGUGUCCGGGCAGCCCGUUGCUAGGGUGGCGCCGUUGCUAGGGGAGGCCUUGCCGCCAUGGCGGGCAGCCGCACGCAGAAGAUAGGGAGCGUGUUCAGCCGGACCCGCAACCUGCUCCGCAUCGGGGUGAUCGAGAAGCCGCUCUGGUUCGACGUCUACGCCGCUUUUCCCCCGCUGAGGGAGCCCGUCUACCGGGUGCCGCGGCCGCGCUAUGGCAAGGUGAAGGAUGUCAUCCCGCCCAUCUUCUACCCGGAGGAUGAAGUGCGAGCGAGGUUUUACAGAGUUUAUGGCAGCGGGCCGAGGCCUUUCGAGCUGCUGCAGACAAACCACAAAUCUACUUGCCAGAGGUUCGUUGAGAAGUACUAUGAGCUGAAAGGAGAGGGAAAAAUCGAAGAAGAAAAAUUGUUUGAAGAAACAGGAAAAGCCCUUUUAGCCAGUGGGGUGAUUCUGAAGAGGAGAGGAACAGAUACAGUAGCAAAACAGGACCAGCAGGAUGCUGGAACCAGGGACUCUGUGCUCCACCAGCAGCUCCAGACUGUGCUGGAAGAGAUGCAGGAGAAGAAGAAGGAUGGGGAGGAGGAGCAGAGCCCUGGCUUGGCAGAGAGGCAGAAGGAAAAUCCCUGAGCCUGCUGCAGCUGCUCUGAGGUGCUCAGGAGGUGUCCUGGCUGUGGCAGUCACAGCUCAGGAACCAGCACUGACGUUUUCCUAGUGGGAAUGUGUCUCUGGUGCCUUCCUGAGUGGGGUGUGGGGGUCACCUUCCUGUUCUUCCUGCUCCCCACUCACACAGCUGGGGGUAAUCCCCUUUUUGUUGAGGGUCAGGGGGGUUAUCUGAAAUGGUGAGCAGGAAAAUAGGAUACAUGUGGAAAAUUAAACUUUUUCUUUAAAAA